GUCAAUUCCUUAUCGAAGUGUAUGGGUUGUAUUUUUUUAUAAUUUUUAUAUACAAUGUUUACUAUAAUUUCGAUAAAGUUUUAUUUAAAUUUAAUAGAAAAAUUGUGAUGACGAAUCUUAUGUGAAUUUUUGUUUGAGUGACCGCGGGUGAUAUUGAUGUGUUCACGAUUCGUAAAAUGUUCACUGAAAAUAGUUUACGAUCUACCAACAUUACCAUGGCAUGUGUUCGGUGACCGGAGCCAAGAAACUUCUUGUGAUAUUACUUAACCUAUGAUAUAUUUUAAAUAAUUUAUCAUGUGACUUAUUGUGAUAUAAUGUGUAUAUAAAGUAACUUAGUGCCUUAGAUACUACCGUUUAAAACAUUUAUUAAUAGUUUUGGAUAAAGUAACAAAGGCAUAUGCUGUUCAAUGGAUACCGAAAUAAAAGGUAAUGUUAAAGUUAAGAAGAACGCACGUAAAAAUGAGAAGAAGAAAAAAAUGGCGAACCCAGAUACAGACGUGACUUUAGACGAACUGUGUCAACAGAUGACGAAAUUAGCUGACGGGGACGAUAGUACCUCUGUAAGCUCAACUGAUAGUGAAGAUUUAGUAAAUGCUUUUAACUACAAUACCAUCACGUCAUUAGCAGCUUUAAAAGAUAUAAUUCAAGGGAACAAUAACGACACUCCGGAGACGGAUAGUUUUUUCCAACACUACUUUAUGAAUCAUUGUAAUAAUCUUUCGAGUCAUAACUCUACUACAAGUUCACCGUUUCCGUUUCCUGAGAGGCGGCGUUUGUCUCAAUGUCGCGAGGAAGACGAAGAUGAUGAAAGAAAAGAGAGUGAUAGAAAGGUAGAAGUGGGAGGCCCUAAUAUAAGUACAGUAGAAAAACAAAUUGUCGAUGCCGAAGAGAAUAUAAAGUUUGGCGACAAUUCUAUGUCUACUCAAGAGCAUGAGCCAUCAAAAAGAACAGUGAUGGGCGCACGUCAUAAAUUUCUUGUGACUACAACGGAACCACCUCCUGCGGAGCCAGUCGAACGGGCUUUGCGUUCCCAAGCUCACAAUGCACACACUGUUCAUUUUGGAACUAAAGGCGCUGAAGAGCAGCGACCAAGUGUAAGAUCUAUUUUUCAAAGACAGAAUCUCCACCGAUCCAAAAAUUAUUUUGACAGUAGUUUAAUAGAAAUUAGGUCUACAGUAGACGGAGUACCUACAAGUUCAGAAGAUAUUUGGGUUAAAAGAACAGACGAUAAGGACCCUUUUAAAAAAGGAGCAUUAGCUGUUACGAUUGAAGAAAAUGAAGCUCACGCCCAAAGCAAAGAACAUAUUGGGGAAAAGAACAAAGAACCGAAACGGGUGCGCUCUGGGACAUGGGGUUCGCAAACGAAUCGUGUAGAAAAAGAAACAGUGAAGAAGCCACAAUCUCGCAAGGAGAAGGAAGUACGAAAGAGUAAUGAAGAUCGACGGCAAAAGCGAGAUCAACACCUGGAUGUGGCGAUGACUCGUAGCACGCAGUCGGUAGGGGAGCGCAAGCGGCGCGGCUCUGCUGACGAAGGGCAAGGACAUCCAAUGUAUCAACAAACCAUUCAUGGUACAUCAGGAGUAAGUCGUAGGCCCGCACUCUUCGACAUAUUCAAGUCCAAAACUCGCGGCGAUGCCAAGAAACAACCGUCCAUCAUGCAGCAAGUCAAAGCUGCUGUUCAGAGCAUGACUAAGUCGGGCUCUAGUGCGAAAGAUUCGCAGAAGUCAUCGGAAUCGCCGAAGGCCGAGACAUCUAAAGCCGAACCGGGACCUAGUUCAAAGACUGCGUCAGUUAAAGCAAAGGACGGAUCCGCUCACCCGCAUCCCAGUGGUGAUGCUAAGUAUUACCACACUGUGAUGGUGCCCCCCAACCGUCGCCCUAGUGCCAUGGCUAAAGUGAUGGACAUCUUCCGUGGUCGAGCCUCGAUCCCACCGACAGAUGGCUCUGAAAGGCGGAGGAGGACCGUUGCCCAGCAACAGCAUUAUCCUGUUGCUGCCCAGCCAAGCACGAACAGUGACGUAAUUAGGCAAGUCAUAAGAGCUCACUUACGGCGGGCGGCGUCACAGGAGGCUGAGAAGAGACGCUCCUCACUGGGCCACGUGCCUACGAUACGUCACCGAGCUUCUGAUGCGUUCCUGGAUCCACAUCAUGCUGCCAUUCUUUUUAGGGACUCGAGAGGUCUACCGGUUGCAGAUCCAUUUUUGGAAAAAGUCAAUCUCUCCGAUCUCGAAGAAGACGAGUCCCAGAUUUUCGUGAAGUUCUUCAAGUUCCACAAGUGUUACGAUUUGAUCCCGACAUCCGCGAAGUUGGUGGUAUUCGACACGCAGCUACUAGUGAAGAAAGCCUUCUUCGCUCUCGUGUACAACGGAGUUCGUGCCGCGCCGCUAUGGGACUCACAGCGGCAAAAAUUCGUGGGCAUGCUCACCAUCACGGACUUCAUAAAGAUCUUGCAGAUGUACUACACGAGUCCUAAUGUCACUAUGGAGGAACUUGAGGAGCAUAGGCUUGAGACGUGGCGCCAGGUACUGAAGGGUUCCGUGAUGCCAUUGGUGUCCAUUGGUCCGGAUUCGUCGCUGUACGAGGCCAUCCGGAUCCUAAUAACGAAUCGUAUCCAUCGGUUGCCGGUCAUCGACCCCGAUACCGGCAACGUGCUCUACAUACUCACACACAAGAGGAUACUGCGUUUCCUAUUUUUAUAUAUAAACGAGUUGCCAAAGCCGGCGUACCUUCAAUGUAAACUGCGAGAGCUCAACAUCGGCACGUUGAAUGAUAUAGAAACGGCCACAGAAGAUACGUCCAUCAUCGAGGCACUGAGGAAGUUUGUCAACCGUCGAGUGUCAGCGCUUCCGCUCAUCGACUCCGAGGGUCGUCUUAAGGACAUCUACGCUAAGUUCGAUGUCAUUAACUUAGCUGCGGAAAAGACGUACAACAAUUUGGACGUAUCUCUGAAGACAGCUAACGAGCAUCGUAACGAUUGGUUCGAGGGUGUCCAGAAGUGCAAGCUGGAUGAGACGCUGUUCGAUGUCAUGGAAAGGAUAGUGAGAGCUGAGGUACAUCGUUUAGUAGUAGUGGACGAGGAAGACAAAGUGAUAGGUAUAAUAUCACUCUCAGAUUUGCUUAUGUACCUCGUGUUACGCCCGACGGGGCAGUGUGGCGGUACUAGUUUACGCAAAGAGCACGCCUCCAUAGAGGAAAAGGAUGAAGCGACGUGCGCUGAUGGGGACCCUAACUCCGAUACGGAGACUACUGCCUCGGAUAAAGAAGCGGCCCUCACAGAUGCUACGCUAAUCCUAUCAGAGGCGGCACCGCCUUCACCGGAUCCGAUACCCGUUACUCUCGUUCCUACCGACCCGGAACCCGUAGCGGUCGCAGACACUCAGUGAAUUUAAAUACCAAAACGAGUGCCAAGAUUUAUUACCUAUGUGAUUCUUCUGCAUGAAUAUAGAUAUUACUUAGUGUUAGCUGAUUUAUCUCGCAUUAUGAUUUAUUGCAAUAUCAAAAUGGAGUUUGCAACGUGAAAUAGAUUUGAUGCCAAUUUUAACCAUGGUAGAUUCUCAAUUGAUAUCGCUGAGUAUAAAUGGCAUUAAUGAUUCCCUGAUGUCUUUCAUCUCUUUUAAUCACUCUUCUAUUCUAAUCCGCAGAUAAACGGGAUAGAGUACACGCGAUAGAUUUUUUCAAAAGUCAUUCACGUCGCAGGCUCCAUUUUGGUUAUAUUUCUUGGUUUAUGAACUUUAUUAAGUUUGUUGGUUUAAUUAGGAGGCGGUUGUGAUAUAAGGUCAAAUACUUUUGCAUGGAGUUUUUGGCACUCUUUAACUUGUCGAAAAAAGGAUUAUAUUUGAUAUUUAUUAUUAUUUUAUUUGUAAAAUAACAUAGAGCAGAUUUUACUUUUUUUUUUGGUAUAUAUAAUUUUUUAUUUAUAUAUUCUCUGGUCGCCAAUUCCUAGAUGCCUACGGACGUACUUAUUUAAUACGUUUUAUAAGUCUAAUAAAACUUGCGUCUAAUCAAUGUAACGAUUAACUGUUGAUAUAGAAGCAAUGUGCGCUACUUGAAAUUUAGGUACAUGUAUUAUAACUAUACUAAGAUAGUGUAAGAUUAAAAAGUUCGUUACUUACGGCGCAAAUAAUAUAUAUAUUGCGCAUGUAUCUUGGGAUAUCGUUCUGUGGAACUAAUGGAAUUAAUGUACCAGUAGAUAUUGGGCUAUAUGGACAGAUUCCGUUGGGUAUAAAAUACAAGGGUCAAUGAGCACGCUAAGAUGUAGUAUGACAGCACGGGCACAUGUUCAUGUAAUGUAACAUUAUUUGUCACAAUUACAAGGCAAGUUCUCUAUACUUACCCCUUUUGUGAAAAUAGUAUUCGUAAAAAAAUCCAGAUUUUUAAUUCAUAUUAAAUUUACACUAUGUAUGUAUAGUAGAAAAGUGAAUAUAAUGUUAUAUUCGACUAUUCUUAUUUUUUAUUACAAUUCGACAACGUGCCAAUGUAACAUUAUGUUACAUUAUGCACGGAGCGUUAUGCAUGUUCUCGAUACUAAUAUGAAAUUAAUACCGGACGAAAAGUACAGUUUUAAUUUUUCCUCAAAUAUAAGUUUAUUUAAAGGCCUAUGAUACCUGUGCAUAUUAUAUAUCCAUGUGCCCCCUUUGUGAUGAUGACCAUUGCUUAACCGUCGGCCCCAACUCGCAAUUAUGCGUGUAAUCUGGCCGAAUAUGGUAUGGUAAGUACCUAAUUUCAUUUUCUUAACUGAGUAAUUGUAAUUUCAUGUACUAAGUAAUUGUGAUUUAUAUUGAUAGUAACGUUAAAUGGUUAACAAGUGAUGCGUACAGAUUGACAUGUGUGUUAAUAUUAAUAUUAUUUAAUAUACAAUUUGUUGUUUAAAAAAAGUUAGUUAAGAACGCGAUGAAUGUUGUUCGUAUGUAUUGGUAAAUGGCGACGCGGCCAGAUAAGCUGUUUGUUUGCCGUCAUUCGGAACUUGUGAAUUUCUCAUAUCCAAUUCUGGAACGUCAGUACUUCUAAAAUGAAUUAAUUGUAUUUUAAUUUACUAAUUUUAAAAUAAAUAUUGAAUAGAGUUUCAGAAUUGGUAUUGUAUUCACUGUAUAAUUAUUCUCUAAAUCUGUCUCUAAAAAUUUGUCACUAAUUACAUACAUAUAUGUAACGUCUGUCUCUCAUUAGGGUAAACAGAAACAAUGGAAGGUCAAAUGCUUCGAUUUAAACAGAUUUCUUUCGUUUCCUCUACAUUCAUUAAUCUUUUCAUACACGCUCGCCGGUUACGAGUACUUUUAGUUUCGGUUUUCUACACGUCACCUAUUUGGUCAAUACACGUUCAUCUAGAGCGGCCCCUAUCAACGUCUCCAUUCUUUCAUGCUCUAAUAAUCUCUAAAUUGUCUGUCUCUAAUUUCUUGUAUUAAAGUGUAUCUAUUAUUUCUUGUGUCAAAAUCUGUCUCUAGUUUCUUGUGUAAAAAUCUGUUUUUAAUUUCUUGUCUUGACUGAUAGUAUAAUUAUUUUAUUGUCACAUAAUUUACGGAAAAUUUACCCCAAACCGUAUAUACUUGGUUUCAUUUUCGCACGCUGGUCGAUUUUGUGUUUUUUUAUUUUAAAAAACUCUUAUAUAUUUGUCGAGAAUGUUCUAUCCGAAUAUGAACCGUAAUCGCAGAUGGUCCGAAACUAAUCGAAUGUUAUUCCCAAAUGUGCACGUUGAUUGGGUUAUUUACAAUUCAAAUUUAAUAUUAAACAUAUUAAAUUACUUAUGAACCUUUUAGAAAUGAAUUAUCAAUAUAUACUAUAAAUAUAAAUAAAAUAUAUGACAGACACAAAAGAUUGAGCCCCUUCAUUCAUAAAAGCAGCAAACCUAUUUGUUCAUCUAUUUUAGUGCUUUGUCUUUUUCUUUUCUAUUAAAUUCUCAAUUUAAAAGAAAGUAAUAGAACACUUUAAUAUUUAAAAUAGGUUUGUACAAUGUUUUAGUUUAUGAAUAAGACAGUUCACGAAGCGCUUUACGCCCGGUUUACAUUACUAUAACACACUUUCAAGUGAUUACUGAUUUUGUUUGGAUUUUGCGCCGACAGCAAUAUUUUUAUAACUAUUUACGAUCGAUUGGUAAACGACAUCUCAUGUCGACUCACAAGUUAUAUUUACUUUAAUUAAAUUUUGCCCAUGACUUUGUACGCUUGGAUUAGGAAGUUGGAAAUCCAAUGAAAUAGCUUCUAGACGGCGUAUUAAGUAAAAAAAUCUAGUUACAUUUAUAUGCAUACAAUUACUUUAAUAGGAUUAAACUAAAUAUUCACAUUCAAGUUCUAUUAAGCCGAUUAAAGCGAGUGUUCUAAUGUUAAUCGGGCGUUCGAGACAGUUUUAGAGAGUCAUUAUCCAGAAGUACUUCUAUUGGUUAAUUAGUUAAGAGUUUGUGUAUAUUUCACUAACGUCAAACAUCAUCAUUAUUAAAAUACAAUUGUGUUCUUACCUUGAUACUCAAAUUUUUCUAAUGAUAGGUCUAAUUCGUUUAUUCUAUUAUCUAUAUAUAAUAUGCAAACAUUUAUUGUACUCUAAUAUUUGUAACAUAUAUUUUUUUUCUCUUUGCAACGAAUUUGACCUAACCAGCAUACUUACUACUGAUAUGCAAUUUCACAGUACAUUGAUUGAUGCAAUCAAAAUCCAAUGCCCGAAUUCUGAUUCUUAUUAAUUAUAUAAAUAAAAUAUUAACGUUAAAAAAGUUAAGUGUUAUGACUUUUACAAAAAGAUUUAUUCCAAUAUUAAAUGUCUAAAAUGAUCAUAUUGGGCGAUUCAUUCCAGCGCAUUUCCACCAAAUAUACAUAAUUCGAUUUGAUUAUGUAUGUUGUGAUACAUGUAGAAAACAUAUUUGCUUGUAUUGAUGUCGCGAUAAACGUUUCACACAAAAUAUAUAUGUCAUAAACAUGAUAUGUUUUCAAUGGGAACAAUUCAAUACUUCAUAUUUGUUAUCGGUUUUGAAAAUCCAUAAAAUGGUCCUGGCCUUAUAUGAAUAUCAAAUUAUUGAAUAGUUGUAGGAACUUGUGCAGAUAUUAACUUCUUAUGAUGCUAUGAACAGGUCAUAUUAAACAUUUCAGUACCUAAGGACCUUGAUUCUGUUUGUUAGUAGUAUGGCGGAUUACAAUAUCGCUCACAUCACAUCACAUCUCAUUGAUCUCAGUCAUGCAACUAAAGUUGCAAAAUCUCCAGUAUUUGUAAGCAAUUAGGAUUGCAUGAAAUAUAUAAAAAUUAAAUUAAUAAUUUAAAUGAAUUUGCAAAGGAAACGCAUUGAUAUAAGCCAACAGUCUCAAUUAGGUAGUAGUUCAAAUGUGUCAAAUUUUUCUAUCGAAAUUUUAUUAUAUAUUAAACUAUUUGUAAAUUAGUAGAAUUAUGGACUUGCGGGUUUGUUACAAACUGUUUAUUCAAAAUUUGAUAGAUUUAAGUCACGUGAUUACAAGCAGGCCAGAUUUGUCUAUGGUUUUAUUACCAUACAGGGCAGCUCAAUUUAAUUAAUAUAUUUAUCAGGUUUAGGCGUUUAUAAUGAGCCUCCUGGUUUGAAUCGAUACGUAGAUAUUACAUCGGAAUUCGGGCAAGGAACGUGGCGUAUAAAUUUGCCACCCUUAUAAUUAGUUAUAGCAACCUAAAAUAAUUUAUAUUUAUUUGCAAUUCGUCUAAUUGAUUGUUUUCCGUUGGCAUCUGUAAAAUGGACCUUUAGAUAUAAAUUGCUGUUAAUGUUGUUAGAAGUUAGUUGUUAGUACUAAAUUAACUCCUGUUAACUCUGCUCCUUUUACGGAUGCCCAUAGAAAGUUGUCACUUAACUUAUUGGAAAUAUUAAUUGUUAUAGAAUACCAAAAUGAUCACAAUUAUUUUUAACUCCUCUUUCAGUUGUCGACUCAUAUAUAAAAGCAAAAGUAAUUAUUUAUACAUGUAUCACAACAAGUUUUGUACUUGAUAUAGUAAUCGAUGUAUGUUUGGUAGGAACCGGAUGUAAGUAAGAGCCCAUAUGUAUCUACGUUCACGUACUCCGCAAGUAUUAUGAAAUGUGUUAUUAAUUUAUGAGUAGAGUAACGAAUAAUUGUCUGUUAUAUAAAUGUUUUAUUAAUAAAUUCAAUAACUUUUGUAGUGAUUAUAUUGGAUAAAAUGGAGUACUUUUCAAUAAUAAUAUGACGUUCUAUCGAUGGUUUACUGUGUUUCGUGUUGUUAGAGAGACGCAUAUAUAAAUAUGGCAUUAUGAAGUCUUGAAAUAAAAUUUGGUUUCAGACGA